AUGUCUUACUAUCCCCCUAACCAACCUCCAUACGGAGGAUACGCACAGCAAGGACCUCCCCAGGGUCCUCCCUCGGGUCCUCCUCCCCAAGGCUAUCAUCAGCCUCCCUACCCAACACAGCAAUAUGGCGCCCCGCCACAGGGUCACUACCCCCCUCCCCCACAAGGCCAUUACCCCCCUCAGCAAGGGCAUUACCCUCCACCCCAACAAGGUCACUACGGUGCUCCUCCCCAGGGAAGCCCGUACGGCGCGCCCUCUCCUCAACCCCCAGCAGGGUAUCACGCCCCAUCCCCGCAACCGCCAUAUGGCCAGGCACCUCACGGCUAUGCCCCUCCCCAGAACCAACCACCACCCGGCGGACCCGGUUUCCCCCAGGGCCCACCCCCAGUCGGAUACGGCGCACCACCUCCAGGCGGGGCAUUCCCACCUCAAGCCGUGCCCUCAACACCAUCCCUCGGCUACAUCCCGGGCCAAGUCGCGCCAGGCGAGUUUCGCCCGCAGGCAGAGCAGCUGCGCAAAGCAAUGAAGGGAUUCGGAACCGAUGAAAAGGCCCUCAUUGCAGUCCUGGCGCGUCUCGAUCCCCUCCAGAUGGCGGCUGUCCGUGAUGCAUACUCCAAGCACCUCGGACGGGAUCUAUACAAAGACGUCAAAUCCGAGACGGGCGGCUACUUCGGCGACGGACUCCUAGCAGUCGUCGAAGGACCGCUCAUGCACGAUGUCGAAAGUGUACAUUUGGCAAUCGACGGCGCAGGCACGAAAGAAUGGCUCCUCAAUGAUAUCCUCCUGGGCCGCUCAAACGCGGAUAUGAAUGCCAUUCGCACCGCCUACGAAAUGCGAUACAAGCGCUCCCUCUCCAAGGAUGUCGAGAACGACCUCUCUUUCAAGACGAGCGAUCUCUUCGCGACUGUCAUCCGCGCUGCGCGCCAUGAGGAAUCCAUGCCUAUCAACCCGCAGGUUAUCGAAGCCGAUGUACGUUCCCUGCAGGGUAAGAAGAAUAUCACAGAGACAUGUGCUAUCUUCGCUCGCGCUUCUAAUGCCGAGCUCCGUGCUAUUAGCCAGACUUUCCAGUCGAGGUAUAAUACUUCCCUUGAGAAACAUAUCGAGAAGGAAUAUUCUGGCCAUAUGGAAGAUGCACUGCUUGUUAUGUUGCGCUCUGCUACGGAUCCGGCUAUGCGGGAUGCGAUCCUGCUAGAUGAAUGUAUGCGUGGCAUGGGAACUAAGGAUGAGCGUCUUGUUAUUCGUGUUGUUCGUGUUCAUUGGGAUCGGAAUCAUAAGGAGAUGGUCAAGCGGGCUUAUCAGCAUCGCUUUGGGAAGAAUUUAGUUGAUCGGGUGCGUGGUGAGACUUCUGGGGAUUAUGGGCGGUUGAUGGUUGCUCUUCUUGAGUAA